GAGAGGUGCAUCGGGAGUGUUUCUAUAAAAACAGCUUUCUGGCAAAGUGGGAAGGCAGGUCUGAGCUGUUAGAAGUGGAAGAAAGAGAUUUAAAGAGCUGGGAAGGAGGGAGAGGAAAGGUGCCCGGGGAGGACACGUGCAAAGAAGCAGCAAACUCUGAAAGCCGGGAGGCGAAAUGUCCACGUCUGGGCAGCAUGGAGGACACUAGAGGCUGCUGCCGGACACCUUGCUCGGGAUUUCUGCUGCAGCUGUCUCAGAAGGACACGAGAGAGGUCCUGACAAGUGGAGCGAGGGCAGGAGGGCUGGCGGCCGGGUCCGGACAGGGUUAAGACCAUCACCUGCAGUUGAAGCGCGACCCAGAUGGGAAGUAGGAAGUGCCGCGCCUGAGCUUCCUGUAUAAAUAAACGCGCGGCUCGCAGCACUGCUGCUGGCGAGCUGCGCUCCACGCUCUGCAGGGUUCCCGGGCAUCGCAGCUGUUCCCAAGGCAAGGCGGCGGUUAUAGGUACUCCUCCUCCUCCGACCCACUAGGUCUGGGAGCCCAAGUCCUGUGGUAGUCCUGCAGAGUGGAAAGCUGUCAGCCGCGGAGCACGGAGGAAGAGGCAGAGAAUGAAGCAGCUCCUCCUCCCCGGCGUGCGAGCAGCCCCGGCUGGCGGUGCGCGCGAGGGAGGCUGCUGAGAAGCCUGGCGGCGGCGGGAGGAACGUAGCUCUCCUGCCAGGGAUUGAGGAGACUGAAGAAGGCUGAAGACAGGCUGAUGGGCUCAGUUGGUAGGCUCCACUAUCUCACCAUGACCGCCGAAAACCCGACACCGGAAGACCUGGCGCUGGCCCCCCUCGUCACUUGCAAACUCUGUCUGUGUGAACAGUCUCUGGACAAGAUGACCACACUACAGGAAUGCCAGUGCAUCUUUUGCACAGCUUGCCUGAAACAGUACAUGCAGCUGGCAAUCCGAGAAGGAUGUGGGUCUCCUAUCACUUGUCCUGACAUGGUGUGCCUAAACCACGGGACCCUGCAGGAAGCUGAGAUUGCCUGUUUGGUACCUGUGGAUCAGUUUCAGCUUUAUCAGCGGUUAAAAUUUGAACGAGAAGUUCACCUGGACCCCUACCGAACGUGGUGUCCUGUCGCAGACUGUCAGACAGUGUGCCCCAUUGCAUCAAGUGACCCAGGACAGCCUGUGCUGGUGGAGUGCCCUUCUUGCCACCUGAAGUUCUGCUCGUGCUGCAAGGAUGCUUGGCAUGCAGAGGUCUCCUGUAGAGAUAGUCAAUCUGUCGUCCUGCCAACAGAGCAUGGGGCCCUCUUUGGGACAGAUGCAGAAGCCCCCAUUAAGCAAUGCCCGGUUUGCCGGGUUUAUAUCGAACGCAACGAAGGCUGUGCUCAGAUGAUGUGCAAGAACUGUAAGCACACGUUCUGCUGGUACUGUCUCCAGAACCUGGACAAUGACAUUUUCCUCAGACAUUAUGACAAAGGGCCGUGUAGGAAUAAGCUCGGCCACUCGAGAGCCUCAGUGAUGUGGAACCGAACACAGGUGGUCGGGAUUCUUGUGGGAUUGGGCAUCAUUGCCUUGGUGACUUCACCGUUGCUGCUCCUGGCUUCCCCGUGUAUAAUCUGUUGUGUCUGCAAGUCCUGUCGGGGCAAGAAGAAAAAGCAUGACCCAUCCACAACAUAAAGAUCUCUGUUUGUGUCCAUGUGCCACAUGUCUGGGUUAUAUGAGACAGCACAGUGAUAAAACCCCACUGACUGAACUUGCCUCCUUCUCUUUGCCAAACUUUGGAAGUGCCUCUGUGUCCAGACUUCGAACUUACCUGCCUGCCUUCGGCAUCAGAAAAGGCCAAGCCCUAGUGUGUGUGUUCCCGUGUAAAGAGAACCGGGUUCUACAGUCCAGGCUGUGUCUCGGGAGCAUGUUGGGAAGCUUUGGGGAUGCUGGGGAGGAACUAACACCUCAUCAUUUUGUCGUCUGAAGGAUCUCACUGGACUGUUCAACUUCCAGCCAAAUUCAAGGAGCCUGAGUGAAUAUUCAACAUAAUACAUGCGUUGCCAUGGUUGGCAACAUACAUGAUAACUGAGAAGCCAAAUCUGUUCUGUGUUGAUUUGACCACCAUGAGAAACAUGGGGGAAAACUCCCGUGUAGGAGGUGAAAGAUAAGACUGUCUAAGGGAAAAUUCUCAUAAGAGCUAUAAAGCAGGCUGCUUAUCUUAGGCGUCAAUAUGGUGGUUCUGCUGCUGCCAGCUACCGGGUGUGCUUUCCCAACAUUCCCACAGUGACUUGGCAGAAACACAAUGGUUUUCUUCUUGUGUGAUCUCAGCUUCAAGCAGGAGAAACUGCUGUGCAGAGGGAGUUGUCCCUUCCAGUAAAAGGGUUGCAGCAUAUAAAACAAUAUGGUCUGAUUUAGUAUCUCUCCCUUGACAAAUGUAACUUUUUUAAGGUGAUAAACUCUUCUCUUACAGCCAGGAGCUGUGGUCUACAAGAUUGUUUUAUAUGAAGUAUGGGUAGAGUGGCAGAGGUUCAAAACUUCAUCAUAGAUAACAGGGACCUUUCUUGAGCUCUGUGUUCAUACACCAAACAGAUUUAGAAUUGGACAUGAAAGUACACACCGAGUGAGUAGGAAAGUCCAUAUGUAUAUCUAGAAUCCAUGUAACUUGCUGCCUAUCUAGAAUUUCUAUCCAUUGGGCAUGCAUGGAUAUACCCAGCAGGACACACAAAAUAAAUGUUUACGUAAAAGCCA